AUGCAACAUAAUGAAAACAGUAGCAUUGAUGACAAUGAAUUCGUUAGUGAUUCAGAUUAUAAUAAUCAAUAUUAUGCCAUAAAUGCAAUAGAGAUUAACAAGAUCAUUUCAUAUAAGUGCGACUGUAGUUUUGAGAACAGUGAGAGUGAAGCUCACGUUUACAAUAGCAGCAGAAUUGAACCUGGGGCUAAGAUCAGCCACAGCAAAACUAUUAAUGCUUUGCUUAAAUCCAAGUCAAGUGUCAAGAACUAUAACAAACUGCGAUAUAAGACUGAUUCUAAGCAAAGUCAAACACCAUUUGCCUGUAUGAAGCUCAUGUCAGUUAGUGAUAUGUUUUUUCAAAUGCUGACUUAUUCAGCUACAAGAGAACUCCUCCGUUACAGAGCAAACCAGAAAUCUGUAGCUGGUCAGCUCAUCAAUAUUUUUGAUGGUGACAGUUACAAGCAGUUAGUGUAG